AUGGCACCUCACAGUUUACCUCCCAGUUCAAGCCCACCAUUGACGCCCUAUAAUGGCAAUCACCGGCAAGAACACCAUACACUUACCACGUCGGAUGACGGGGUUUUCCAGACCCAGUAUCUUAUUGUAGGAUGCGGACCAGCCGGAGCCAGCCUUGCCUGUUUUCUCUCAUCUCACGGCCUUUCUGGGAUGAUGGUCGGCGCAGCGCCAGGUACAGCCAACACGCCUCGAGCUCAUAUCACCAACAUGGCGGCUUUGGAGUGUCUACGUGACAUUGGAUUAGAUCGAGACGUGGAGCAAGUCUCUUCCAAGGGUCACUGCAUGGGUGACUACGAAAUGGCUAGUCCAUGUCAGCCAGCCGAUAUCCCCCAAACCUUACUCGAGCCGAUCCUCAUCCGACAUGCUACACAUAACAAGUUCCAAGUGAGAUUCGAUACGGUUCUUACAUCAUUCGCCACAGACGAAAGGACAGGAAGGAUAAUAGCAACCCUUAAAGACAGGUUCUCCAACCUCGAAUACAAGAUCAACACCAAAUACCUCUUUGGUGCUGAUGGCGCGCAGAGCCAGGUAGUCAAGCAACUUGACCUGCCUCUGGAGCGCAAGCCAGGCCAGGGUCUCGCAAUUAAUGUUCUUGUCAAAGCAGACCUGUCUCACUUAGUGAAGCAUCGCAAAGGGAAUCUUCACUGGGUUAUGCAGCCUGAUAAAGAACAUCCCGAGUUUGGCUGGAUGGGUAUUGUCAGGAUGGUCAAGCCGUGGGAUGAGUGGAUGUUUAUCUUGUUCCCAAAUCGGGAUUGCGACCCUAACAUACAAGCGACGAAAGAAGAGUAUCUGCAGAGGGUACGAGACUUUAUUGGAGAUGAUACACCAGCUGAAAUCCUCAAUGUCUCCAAGUGGUUCAUCAAUGAGAUUGUUGCAGAGCGAUACUCCGUGGGAAGUUAUAUUCACUGUCUCGGCGACGCAGUCCAUAGACACCCGCCCAUGAACGGUCUGGGCUCCAACACAUGCAUACAAGACGCAUUCAACCUCGCCUGGAAGGUCGCAUACGUCGAGAAGGGUAUUGCAUCACCCGCACUACUGGAUACAUACAAUACUGAGCGCCAGCCCAUUGGCAAGUCCAUAAUCACACGCGCCAACGAUGCGUUCCGCGAUCACUUCCACGUAUGGGAUGCCAUGGGAGCCCUUCCCGAAAAAGUGGAAGAUCGCAGGAAGAUCGUUGACGAGCUCGCGUCACCGUCACUACAAGGUGAAGAGCGGCGAAGGCGUUUCCGAGAUGUCAUCACCCAGACUUCACAUGAGUUCCACGGACUGGGAAUCGAGAUGGGACAGCGCUACAGUGGAGCUGGCAUAUAUGACGCUGAUGAGCCGGCGCCAUACUCCCCUCCGGGUAAGGCAGCCGAUGACCCUAUCUUGCACUAUGACGCCAGUACAUAUCCUGGCUGCAGGCUACCUCACGUCUGGCUGAAUACAUCCGUACCCUCGGAGCCUGUGUCCACCAUUGAUCUUGCAGGCCAUGGCAAAUUUGUCCUCUUUACAGGGAUUGGAGGUGAAGGUUGGCAGACAGCAGCAUAUGACGUGAGUAAGAAGCUUGGUGUUCCUCUGGAUGUCCAUAUUAUUGGUUACCGUCAGCAGUGGGAGGACUUCUACUUCGAUUGGCAGCGGGUGCGUGGUGUUGAGGACUCUGGGGCCGUACUUGUUCGCCCAGAUCGGUUUGUGGCUUGGAGAUAUCCACGGGUUCUGGCUGAUGCGGAAGGAUGUUCCGAAAAGUUGAUCUCAGUGAUGAAGUCGGUUCUUGGCUUCAAGGACUAA